UACUAGUGCAGUAGUGCUUAUAGCCAUCUCUUGUCGCAUCAGACAGCUUCUUCGUCCUUCCGGCAACCGACCGAGAUGUACUUUACUCUGACGUUUUGACCUCUCAAUGUGGUGAUUUUCUUUCAUGUUAACUCCUUCCAGAAAGACAUAAUGAAUUUCGGAACUUCACUAUGCCAAAGAUUGAAUAUAAAGCAUCUAGUUACCAGUACUGCUGUUUACAACAGUGCUUCUGAUGUCACAGGAGAGGGAUUAAGUUUGAUGUUUAGGCGCUGGGCUAGUAAAAGAGCAGCUGGAUCCACAAAGAAUGGGCGAGACUCUCAACCUAAGAAUCUUGGAGUGAAAAAAUUUGGUGGAGAGAGAGUGAUACCUGGAAACAUCAUUGUUCGCCAGAGGGGCACCCGAUUCCAUCCUGGAAAUUAUGUUGGGUUAGGGACAGAUCACACUCUUUUUGCUCUGAAAGAAGGCACUGUAAAGUUUGAAAAGCACAAGCUCAGUGGACGAAAGUGGGUGCAUAUAGAGCCCAAAGAAGGUCAUGUGCUUCACCCUAUAUGUGCAAAUACUACAGCAGCUGAGACAAUGAAGACAGUCUGAGUCCUAGUUUUGUUUAGAUCUUUUUCUUAGGUUCAAACUCAUUCCCAGUUCAAUCACCAUUCAAAAAAAUUAUUGGCAUGCCAAUUUCCCUCGGCUUUCUACAAUAACUCCUGAAUGUAUGUUCAUUUCAGUUUCAUAUAAAUUUAGAUAAUUUUGUAUCAACUAUCUUGUGGCUUUGCAGCCUUGCGGUACUCUUGAAUGUUGUCCACAGUGGUGUGGGUCAUUUUUUGUAUUCCAGUAAAAGUUCAACCAAGAUGAAGUGGUACUGUUG